AAGCAUAGUCAUAAGUUCCGCACCAAUCAGUGGAAAUAACUAAUCAAAACUCUAUAUCAUCGUUUUUCGAAACCUAAUUAAUGGCUGUAACAAAUCUUCCUGCUUGUGAUGGUUUGUUCAUCAUCAGUCUUAUUGUUAUCGUUUCUUCAAUGUUUGGGACAUCAUCUGCGCAACUAAACGCAACGUUUUACUCUGGGACUUGCCCUAACGCCUCUGCCAUCGUACGCAGCACUAUUCAGCAAGCUCUUCAAUCUGAUACAAGAAUUGGAGCCAGCCUAAUCCGCCUUCAUUUUCACGAUUGCUUUGUUAAUGGCUGCGAUGCAUCGAUCUUGCUUGACGACAGUGGAAGCAUCCAGAGCGAGAAGAACGCUGGUCCGAAUGCAAACUCAGCUAGAGGAUUCAACGUUGUCGAUAAUAUCAAGACUGCCCUUGAAAACGCUUGCCCUGGUGUUGUCUCUUGCUCUGAUGUUUUAGCCUUUGCCGCUGAGGCUUCGGUGUCUUUGGCAGGAGGGCCAUCAUGGACUGUAUUAUUAGGAAGAAGAGAUGGUCUCACUGCAAACCUAGCUGGGGCAAAUACGUCCAUUCCUUCUCCCGUCGAAAGCCUUAGCAACAUCACAUCUAAAUUUUCGGCUGUUGGGCUAAAUACAAACGAUCUAGUAGCCUUAUCUGGUGCGCAUACAUUCGGGCGUGCUCGAUGUGGAGUGUUCAACAACAGACUAUUUAACUUCAGCGGGACAGGAAAUCCCGAUCCGACUCUAAACUCAACGCUUCUCAACACUCUUCAACAACUAUGUCCUCAAAACGGCAGCGUAUCAACGAUCACCAAUCUCGAUCUGAGCACACCAAAUGCGUUCGAUAACAAUUACUUCACCAACCUUCAGAGCAACAAUGGGCUUCUUCAGUCAGACCAAGAGCUGUUCUCUACCACCGGUUCAUCCACCAUCGCGAUUGUUACUUCAUUUGCAAGUAACCAGACUCUGUUUUUUCAGGCCUUUGCUCAGUCCAUGAUCAACAUGGGGAAUAUUAGUCCCUUGACUGGAAGUAAUGGAGAGAUUAGAUUAGACUGUAAGAAGGUUAAUGGAAGUUGAUUUCCUUAAAGCUCCUUUUCUUUGAAAAAACAUAUUGGCAAGCUUUGGUUGAAUAAUUUUUGUUAUCAUAA